GAUUCCCACCAUCACCAGCCUUCGACACGCUCUUUAUCUUGCUCAAAUGUUCGACAAACUGUCUGCCUCGAGUCUGUCGCUGUCUGUCAAUUCGGCCGGGCGAUAGGAGAUUUCCGAGUCCAAGAUCCAGAUCAAAUGACGUCCAUGAGGAAAUCCUAUCAUUAGAGCGAACCCAAUUCUGCUUUCUACCAUCAUCUCCAACGAAUAAUGGCUAUCGAAUUCGUCCCACUCCCACUGCCAGCCUCUGCUGAUCCCACUAAGUUCACCACCUUUGGGCGUCAAGUGAAAGGAGUAGAUCCGGGGAACUUUACCCCAGAGCAGUUCCAGGAGAUCCGGGAUGCUCUGUACAAGCACGAUGCUCUGCUAUUCCGAGGCGUCGACCUGUCGCCAGAGCAGCAGUAUGCGUUAACCAAGGCCUUUGAUCCUGAAUCCGAGAAUUACGGCCACGGCAAUAACAAGACGGAGGGCACGAAGAAGUCUAUCUUGCAUCCCGACCUCAAGACGAUUCCCCGUGUUCCCCAGGUCCAGCUCAUUGGUAAUGGGAUCGUCUACGACCACGAAGGUCUCGCUGAAGCCAAGCUGAAACACCCUUCCCACACUACGUUCCACAAGACUCGUGUGUCACCUGAGGAUGAGGCCAAGGGCGCCACACGGUUCUAUCGCUGGCACAUCGAUGCUGCGCUGUACGACUUAUCCCCGCCAAGAGUGACCACUCUGUAUGGCAUCAAUGUACCGACUGGUCCGAAGCAGGUUUGCCGAUAUGACGAUGGGACAGGCGACAAGCUCCCUGUGCCUCUUGGAACGACUGCAUUCGUCUCCGGGAAGACCAUGUUCGAUAUCCUCCCUCCAGAGCUCAAGAGUCUUGCCGUACGCUCCAAAGUCAAGUACGCGCCUCACCCGUACGUGUGGAUGGCUCCCGCUCAUGCGAUGCCGACUGGGCUGGGUAUCGAGUCUGAGGGAUUGGAGUUGCCGUUGAGCGAGCUUCCACCUUGGGAGGAGGCCAAGUUGAAGAUCCUUCCGGUCGUUUGGAAGAAUCCUGUGACGGGAGAGUUGCACUUCCAGGUUCAUCCUUGUGGUGUAGCGGAGUUGCUUGUUGAUCCUGUUCCCGAGGGAAAGAGCAAGGAUGGCGCGUUGUACCCUGAUGGUGCGCACCUUACGGACUUGAAGGAGGUGCGAGAAUUGUUAUACAAGAUGCAGCGCCCGGCUAUUGCGCCCAAGCUUGUUUACCCGCACGACUGGAAAGAGAAGGACCUGGUUAUAUUCCGUAAUCGCGGUGUGCUGCAUAGCGUCGUUGGUGCUUUCACUCCGGAUCAAGUUAGGGCGUUCCACCAGUGCAACCUUGCUGCGUUGGAUGAUCCCAUUGGACCUACGGCCGAAGAUGUGAAUAAGUGGGCUUGAAGAGCGUCUAGUGUAAGAUUGUAUUUUUUGAUGAAUUAGCAGGAUUUUCUUUCACUGUUUCCCGUACGACCUGAAAGUGGAUAGCAUUGGACAGUCAUUUACGCUGCAAGUUUUUCGUGUCUGAUCUUACGAUCCUUUCUAUCCACGACACUUCGCGGUCUCGAAGAUCGUCCCAGCUGACGAAUGGCAGGUCAAUGGCUCACUUGAUUCUACAAGACUUGGCGAUACCCUCCGGACAGCUAGUAUAUGAUCAACAAAUAACUUUGAUUAGCCUAACAAUAUACUUGUAUGCUUGCUUGCUUCUGUGUUAUGCAUAUUAAUGGACUUGAUUUAGCGCUACGACAGCUAUA